AUGGUUCAAGAGAAAAAUCCCUCAAGAAUGGUCUUCCAACAAAAAGGCUUCUUCGACCUCUCGAUCCGAGAUCGUGUCCUUGCUCUCCAAAAUCAAGUGGUCUCCGACCAGGAUUUCCUCGGCUUCGACGCAUAUGCGCUUCGGCCCAACAUAACACUUCUCAACGCGCAGCCGAAUUUUACGAAAUGGGAGAUUGAAAUCGGUAGCCACUUGUGCAAUAAAUCUGGAAAUCUGCACGGCGGCGCGGCAGCUACGUUAUUGGACAACUUGACAUCAACGGCAUUGUUGACAAUAGCCAAACCUGGGUUCCUCGAUGGUGGACAUGUUAGCCGGACUAUCACCAUGAGUUAUCUCAGACCAGUACCGAUGGGCUCCAAGGUGACAAUAGACUGCGAAGUCCAGGCGGCCGGCAAAAAUACAGCCAAUAUCCUGGGCAAGAUUUAUCUGGAUGGCAAACUCUGCGUCACUUGUGUACACGAUAAAGCGGUGUUUCCAAUGACGGCUCCAUCGAAACUGUGA